CGGCGAGCGGGCGGCAUGGCGGCGGCGGGGACGGCGGCGGGGCCGGCGGGGCCGGCGGGGCCCGAGCCCAUGCCGAGCUACGCGCAGCUGGUGCAGCGCAGCUGGGGCAGCGCGCUGGCGGCGGCGCGGGGCUGCGCGGACUGCGGCUGGGGGCUGGCGCGCCGCGGCCUGGCCGAGCACGCGCACCUGGCGCCGCCCGAGCUGCUGCUGCUGGCGCUCGGCGCGCUCGGCUGGACGGCGCUGCGCUCCGCGGCCACCGCGCGCCUCUUUCGGCCCCUGGCCAAGCGGUGUCGCCUCCAGCCUAGAGAUGCCGCCAAGAUGCCUGAGAGCGCCUGGAAGUUUCUCUUCUAUCUGGGCGCCUGGAGCUACAGCGCCUACCUGCUCUUCGGCACCGACUACCCCUUCUUUCACGACCCACCCUCUGUCUUCUACGACUGGACGCCGGGCAUGGCGGUGCCCCGGGACAUCGCAGCCGCCUACCUGCUGCAAGGAAGCUUUUACGGCCACUCCAUCUAUGCCACGCUGUACAUGGACGCCUGGCGCAAGGACUCGGUGGUCAUGCUCAUCCACCACGUGGUCACCCUGGUCCUCAUCGUCUCCUCCUAUGCCUUCCGGUACCACAAUGUGGGCAUCCUCGUGCUCUUCCUGCAUGACAUUAGCGACGUGCAGCUGGAAUUCACCAAGCUCAAUGUCUACUUCAAGUCCCGCGGCGGCUCCCAUCACAGGCUCCACGCUCUGGCGGCCGACCUGGGCUGCCUCAGCUUCAGCCUCAGCUGGUUCUGGUUCCGCCUCUACUGGUUCCCGCUCAAGGUUCUGUACGCCACGUGCCACAGCAGCCUGCGCUCCGUGCCUGACAUCCCCUUCUACUUCUUCUUCAACGCUCUCCUUCUGUUGCUCACCCUCAUGAACCUCUACUGGUUCCUGUACAUCGUGGCUUUUGCUGCCAAGGUGCUGACAGGCCAGGUACACGAACUGAAGGACGUGCGGGAAUACGACGCAGCAGAGGCCCAGAGCCCCAAGCCCAGCAAAGCUGACACUGUCCCGGCCUUGGUGUCCUCGUUGUGACAAAUACACGGUGGAGGUGUGAGAUGGUAACAUGCAGGGAAGCCGGGCGAGGGGUACCCCACAGCUCCCUGUCCUGCCUUCACAGCAUCUCCACAAACCGACGAUUACCCUAAAAUAAAAAUCUUAUUUAAAAAAAAAAACAUGAAAGAUCGUCAAAAAUGACAUUGGAUGUCAUAGUGUGUUGCCAGUUUUGUAGGAACAAAGUACCGUGAGUUGGGGGGCCUUAGAACAGAAAUUUGUCUCUCACAGCCCUGAAGACCAGGAGUCUAACAUUGUCGGCAGGGCCAUGCGUGCCCCCUCCGAAGUCUCUAGCAGAGGACCCUUCCUUGUCUCUUCCAGCUUCCGGGGACUCCACGGGUCCCUUAGCUUGUGGCCGUGUCACUCCAGUGCCCAUUCUCUGUCUUCAUAUGACCUUCUGCUCUCCAGCUCUUCUCUCUUCUGAGGACACUUGUCUUCAGACUGAGGAUCCAUCCUAAAUCCAGUCUGAUCUCCGCCCAGAUUCCUUCACCUAAUCACAUCUGCAGAGAGCUUUUUUCCCCUAAUAAAGUCACAUUCCCAGGUUCCAGAGAUUAGGAUGUGGGGACUGCCCAUCAGCCCCCUGUGGAUGUUAAGGCCCAUAGAAUUAGAUGCUGCUGGAGAGAGAAUCAGAAAGUUAAAAGCUGGGGGUG